CUCUCUCAUAACACCAUCCGUUAUAUUUCAUCCAGCCUCUCACACCACCACCGUUCAUACAACCAGAUAAAUAUUAACCACUCAUGCUCUCUUACCAUGCAUCGUAUUUAAACUAAUUAUUCUACACCGCAAUUAACCGGAAUCCACCUGUCCCGAACCCCACCCACCGCUCUCGAGCUCUCCUCUUGAGCGGACGCCAAGCCCUUGGACAACUUGUUGAACGUGUUGGCAGCAUUGUCGAGUUAGUCCAAGUAUUCCUAAACUGGCCAAUUCCAAAAUGACCGAAGAUUACACAAGGGUUGAAAAACUGGGGGAAGGGACGUAUGGUGUUGUUUAUAAAUGCAGACACAAAAAGACUGGAGAGUUUGUAGCUUUGAAGAAAAUCCGAAUUGAAAACGAGGACGAAGGAAUACCUCCAACUGCUUUACGAGAAAUCUCAAUUCUCAAAGAAUUGUCGGUUCAUCCGAAUAUUGUCGGGCUGAGAGAUGUAAUAAUGCAGGAAGGCAAAUUGUACUUAGUCUUUGAUUAUUUGUCAAUGGAUCUGAAAAAAUACAUUGACAGCUAUGUACAUGGAAAACAAUUGGAAUUAACUACAAUUAAAUCUCUUACAUAUCAGCUUCUUCGUGGUAUGCUCUUCUGCCAUCAACGUCGAGUUUUGCAUCGGGAUCUAAAGCCCCAGAACUUACUGAUUGAUAAUCUGGGAAACUUAAAGAUCGCCGAUUUUGGAUUAGCACGGGCAUUCGGUGUUCCGGUCAGAUCUUACACACAUGAAGUUGUAACUCUGUGGUACCGAGCUCCUGAAGUUCUUUUAGGCUGUCCUCGCUAUUCGUGUCCUGUGGAUAUGUGGUCAGUGGGAUGUAUUAUGUCAGAGUUGAUCACAAAGAAGCCAUUAUUCCAAGGAGACUCGGAGAUUGACCAGUUAUUCCGUAUUUUUCGCAUCCUACGAACUCCCACUGAAGAAAUCUGGGAAGGCGUAUCUGAAUUGCCCGAUUAUAAGGCUACAUUUCCGAAAUGGAAUGACCUGUGUUUAACAAAUCAAGUCCAACGCCUGUCUGGUGACAAAGACGGGAUGGAUCUUUUGAGUCAAAUGCUUAUCUAUGCUCCACAAGAUCGUAUCAGUGCAAAAGCUGCAAUAAGUCAUCCAUUCUUCAAAGAUUUCGAUAGGGCUUGUCUCCCGACAUUUGAUGAUGAAAUCGCUUAAAUAAUACGCUUAUGAUGGUUUCAAAUUAUGUAUCUAAAUACGUAUAUGUUCUUAUACUGUAUGUAAUUAAUGUAAUAUUAUGUUAAUGUGAGAUGUUAAUUUGAUACUUAUUUUCUACUUUUUUGAGGGAAAGCGGUUACACUUAUGGUAAUUACUGUGUUCUACUCUCUGCAAGCUCACUCGCUCAAUAUUAAGCAUACAAAGAUUCAGUAAUAAUUUUUGAUAAUAUUUAGUAAAAUUGUAAUAAAUAUUUUGUAAUUUUUCAUUAUUUA